GGCUCGGCCGCAGGCACACUGCGGGGAUACAUGGCCCGCCGUCGACUUUUGGUUGGGACCUGCUCGACUGUUCUUGUGCUCAGUCUCAUAUAGCUACUCGGAUACCCAACUCCUGCGUCGGACCAUCUCACUGGAAGUUGAAUACCCGAAGGCCCUCCGGAGAGCACCAUGGACGAGGAGCAAACAAGUUCGCUGCUCGGUCCCACCCCAGAAAUGCUUGCAGCCGUCAAGGUAUUUCCGCUCAUACCUGCCAUCAGGCGCGACGUGGAAAAAGACAUCGACACGGCAUUGAGCUGGGAUCAGCUCACCGCAUCCGACAUCAACUUCGCCGUUGUGCGCCCGCUGGUCUUUAAGUACGCCAAGCUGGAUAACAUGGCAGUGGUGUAUGUGUGUUUCGUGGUCCGUGCCCACUUCCUUUCAGAAGCUGCAGAGGACCUCGCCUACUCUGGAGUCAUGUACUCUAGAGCAAGCCUAUGCGAGAUUCUCGCUAUGAAAUUGCUUGGAACAUUCGCCUCGACCAAGAUGCGACUAGUCGCUGCUUUGACGGCUACGUGGAGCCCGUUGGCAGGUGCCCCGCCAGACGUGGUGCAGGAAGUAAAAUCAAUAAUGGGGACCGACGAGCAGGACGAUCCGCAAUGCGCCCUUGAGCUCGCAAUAUCCACGGAGGCCAAGGCCUUCUUGUCCUCGCCGGUGGUGCAAACAGUAGUCAACGACAUCUACUCAGGACGGGUCAUAUUCUCCAUGGCGUCAACUCAUUCUGUUCUCGCUGACAACUACAAGCCGCGUGCUAUCGAAAUGUACGACUACCGCAAGGCACCUUUCCUCGAUCACUACCGGUUACGCGUACCCAGAUACGGCGCCAUCCUCGAAUUCCUGAACUUCGCUUUGCUACUGACAACCUUCCUCCUAUGUCUUUCGAAUCGCGAAGUAGGCGGGAUGAAUGGCUUCGAGAUAGUAUUCAUUAUGUUUGCUGCAGCGUUCACACUGGAGGAGUACACAGCCUCGAAAGAAUACGGAUGGGGAAUUUAUAUGGCAAGCUUGUGGAACGUCUUUGACACAUCAUUUGUGGUACUAUUUAUUGUGUAUCUCGGCUUCCGGAUCAAAGGCCUCGUCCAUCAUGACGUGGAUGCAUCUGAAAUGGGAUUCGAUAUCUUGGCUUGUGGUGCAUGUAUCCUAUUCCCUCGCCUCGCAUUCUUCGCCGUCUCAAAUAACGUGGUAGUAUUAGCCCUGCGUGCGAUGAUCGUAGACUUCAUUUUCUUCGUCGGCAUCGCAGCGAUAUGCUUCUCAGGGCUGCUCUUUACGCUCCACAGUCUAGCUGAGGACGCAUGGAGUGUCAAGGCUAUCACCUGGCUCAUGGUUCAGAUUUGGUUUGGCAACACAUACCUUAGCUUCGCACAAGCAUCAAGUUUCCAUCCAAUAUUCGGACCGAUCCUUAUGACCAUGUUCGCUGCACUGUCAAAUACGCUCUUACUCACGAUUUUGAUAUCUAUUCUCAGCAACACGUUCGCACAGAUUGACGCAAAUGCCAAACAGGAGUACCUGUUUCAAUACGCAAUCUCAACGAUUGAAGGUGUCAAGUCAGAUGCGCUCUUCAGUUACCAGCCGCCGUUCAAUCUACUCGCAUUCGCGAUCCUUUGGCCGAUGAGCUUUGUCGUCUCUCCGCGAACGUUGCACUCCGUCAAUGUCUUCCUGAUCAAAGUGACGUCCUUCCCGUUCUUGAUCAUCAUCAGUCUCUACGAGAGAUACCUUGUCCCCAGUCAGACAUGGCGGGAGAACGGCGCCGACCAGAGCAGCUUCUACUCACGUCUCACGCGCAAUGUGAAGAAGAUACCCUUGUUCGACCUGCUUGGGUCGGGAUCCGCCGACAUCUACGACGCUAUCUUCGACGUCGAAGUCUCGAAUGAGACCGACCUCUUCGACUCAGAUGACGAGCACGAACCCGAGCGCGCAGCGGCGCCCGGGGAGGCGCUGCUCUCUUUCCCUUCGCGCGACAGCCUGCGCCCUCUGCCGGCCUCUCCGACGCGCCCUUCGCGUCCAUCAACGGCACACCAACAGCCGGAGACUCCGCGACAGAGGCGGCGCACUAGCCUACCACGGUCGCCGCCCUUGGGCAGGAGUCGCAGCCAUCGCGAAGGCGUCUCACCUAGUGUUUCGCCACGCCCGCGCAAGACGACCUUACCCACACUGCAAGCGUCAGGCUCUGGCGAGGUGCAGACGUUCGGGCCGCGCAGCCCGCUGAGCAGGCUGUACAAUCUCCGGUCUAACGGGUCCGCGAGCCAGAUGGAUCGUGUAAGCUCUGCCGCGGCCGGGAUGGAUGCCGGCGUUCGCAAGCUGGAAGCCAUGGUAGAAGAUGUGAAGGCCCUGCCCGUGAACAAACUCAAGGACGAAAUGAAGGAGCUGCAGGACCGGCAAGCACGGAUUGAGAACUUGCUGCUCAUGCUCACGCGCGGCAUGCGCAACGAGAGCACCUACCAUCAUUCUCCCAGACACGAUACGCUAUGA